GACAGCUGCGCGACAGCCACGCCCGGGGGCAGGGGACAGUGACACCCCGGGAGGGCACACGGCAUGGCACACUCGGGAUGCGUGUGGGGACACGGGCUGUGAGGACAGCCACGGGCAGGGGGGCUCGAGGUGGCGCGGGAUGUGGGGACAGCCAUCCUUGGUGACGCGGGGAGCCAGGACACGGGGACAGCCUGGGAGAGCGGAGACUUGGGACGAGGGGACAGCCCCGCCUGGGGACAGCCACCAUCCAAAGCGCUGCUCGUGGGGACACCGGCGACACGGGGGCAACGGCGACACGGGGCAACGGCGACACGGGGGCAACGGUGACAGGGGGACAACGGCGACACGGGGACAUCGCCACUCCCGGCUCUCUGUGUCCCCAGAGCUCGCGGUGACCGCCACCCCGUCCCCGCCGCCCCGGCCACCCCCGGACCAUGAACGUGCUGGCUCCGGUCCGCAGGGACCGGGUCAUCGCCGACCUGCCCGCGUGCUUUCGGAAGGAGGCCGCCCUGCACGCCCGCCCCGCCUUCCACCCCGCCGUGGCCAGCGCCUGCCGGGAGCAGCGCACGGGCACCGUGGGGUUCAAGAUCUCCAAGAUCAUCGUGGUGGGCGACCUGUCGGUGGGGAAAACGUGCCUGAUCAACCGAUUCUGCAAGGACACUUUUGAUAAGAACUACAAGGCGACCAUCGGGGUGGAUUUCGAGAUGGAGCGGUUCGAGGUGCUGGGCGUGCCCUUCAGCCUGCAGCUGUGGGACACGGCCGGCCAGGAGCGUUUCAAGUGCAUCGCCUCCACCUACUACCGAGGAGCACAGGCCAUCGUGAUUGUCUUCGAUGUCAACGACGUGGGGUCCCUGGAGCACACACGGCAGUGGCUGGCUGACGCCCUGAAGGAAAACGACCCAUCCAACGUGAUCCUCUUCCUGGUGGGCUCCAAGAAGGACCUGAGCACCCCAGCCCAGUACAGCCUGAUGGAGAAGGACGCUCUCAAGGUGGCCCAGGAGAUGCAGGCAGAGUACUGGGCUGUGUCCUCGCUCACCGGGGAGAACGUGCGGGAUUUCUUCUUCCGGGUGGCGGCGCUGACCUUCGAGAGCAGCGUGCUGGCCGAGCUGGAGCGCGGCAGCAGCACCCGCAGGAUCGGCGACACCGUGCGGAUCAGCAGCAAGGAGAGCGACCUGUACCUGUCCACGCCCCGCAAGAAACCCAAGUGCUGCCAGUGAGGGGCAGCCCCAGCCCCCUCCGUGCUCUGGACCAAAGAGGGGCGACCCCGGCCGGCCCCGAGGAGACGUCCCUGCCACCCCCAGCCCCCCCAGCCCCCGGCCUGCCUGGGCACCCCCGGCUGGGGCGGGCAGGAGCCCCCGGGUGGCUCUGCAGCUAUGCAAACCCAGGUACUGCU